AAGCAAAGACUCUUUGAUAAGGAUACCUGCGGAAAAUCUAGAACAAUAGGCUAAUAGAAUCGAGAGAACAGACGUAGGACUGAUCCAUCUCCCAGAAUCCUUCACUCCACGCUCUGCGCCUCCAUGCCAGCCCGGGCGCUACUUUCUGUGUGGCUGCUGCUGGCUGUGGCCGCCUGGCAUGCGAAGGGUCACCCACAGUGCCUGGAUUACAAGCCCCCCUUUCAGCCGCCAAAGCCACUGACUUUCUGCUCCAUGUAUUCCUCCUUCGGGUGCUGCGACGCGGCUCAGGAUGAAGCCAUUGCCAGCAGGUUCCACUACGUGUCUGAGUUCCUGGACCACACGGGGGUCGCCGUCUGUGGCUCUUAUAUCCGGGACAUCUUGUGCCAGGAAUGCUCACCUUAUGCUGCCCACUUAUACGAUGCAGAAGACGCCAACACCCCACUCCGUGACCUCCCGGGACUCUGCGGUAACUACUGCACAGAGUUCUGGCUACGUUGCCGGUCCAUGCUCGGACUGCUCAUCGACGACAAGGAUGUAUCAGAAAUUGAAAAAGAUGUCGCCAAAUUCUGCCGUUUCUUGACCCUGGAUGAUAUAAACUACUGCUACCCCAAUGUAUUGACCAACGCAGAACUCAACAGCGGCCUCGGUGACGUGAAGGAGGAUGAAGAAGGCUGCCUCCAGCUCUGCUUACAAGAGGUGGCCAAUGGACUUCGGAAUCCGGUAGCUAUGGUUCAUGCCAAUGAUGGAACCCAUCGCUUCUUCAUAGCCGAGCAGCUCGGUUACAUUUGGGUCUACCUUCCCAACGGGUCAAGAGUGGACAAGCCAUUCCUGAACGUCUCCAAAGCGGUUCUCACCUCCCCGUGGGCUGGAGAUGAAAGGGGUUUCCUCGGUGUUGCUAUGCACCCUGAUUUCCGACACAAUGGGAAAUUCUAUGUCUACUACUCCAUCUCUUCCAAGACAGACGAGAAGAUAAGGAUUUCCGAGUUCCACUUAUCCAACAACGAUGUUAACAUGGCAGAUCACAGCUCGGAACGGAUUAUCCUGGAGGUCUCGGAGCCCGCCUCGAACCACAACGGAGGGCAGAUACUGUUUGGGGCGGACGGCUAUCUGUAUAUCUUCACUGGAGACGGCGGCAAAGCAGGAGACCCAUUCGGAGAAUUUGGAAAUGCCCAAAACAAGUCUUCUCUGCUCGGUAAGGUUUUACGUAUCAACGUGACCGGGAAUGACCGGGGACCCCCUUACCGCAUACCCCCCGACAACCCCUUUGUGCGGGAGCGUGGCGCGCGGCCCGAGGUGUUUGCGUACGGCGCCAGAAACAUGUGGCGGUGCUCGGUGGACAGAGGCGACCCGGCGACCGGGAGCGGGAAAGGACGCAUCUUCUGUGGCGACGUGGGGCAGAACAAGUACGAGGAGGUGGAUCUCAUCGUCAGGGGGGGCAAUUACGGCUGGAGGGCAAAAGAAGGAUUCUCCUGUUACGACAAGAAGCUUUGUAACAACGCGUCGCUCGAUGACAUCCUGCCCAUAUUUGCGUACCCACACUCCGUGGGCAGGUCGGUCACAGGGGGGUACAUCUACCGGGGCUGCCAGAUGCCCAAUCUCAACGGGAGGUACAUUUUCGGAGACUUCAUGAGCGGGCGUCUGAUGUCCCUGAAAGAAGAAGCAGAGGAGCGGCAGUGGCAUUACACGGAGAUCUGCAUGGGGCAGGCGAUUACCUGCAACUUCCCCAAACUCAUCAACAGCUACUUUCCCUACAUCAUAUCGUUCGCAGAAGACGAGGCAGGAGAGAUGUAUUUCUUGUCCACGAGGACGCCCAGCGCUGCGGUGCCCGCUGGAGUUUUGUACAAGAUAGUGGAUCCUUCCAAACGCGCUCCGCCUGGAAAGUGUCCUGUGACUCAUCUUCCAGUCCCGGUGAAAGGAAAACUCAUAUCUUUUUACCCGAGACAAAAACUCAUCCUGAAAUCUAAAAGUGUCACAACAGAACCUCCGACAACCUCCAAGAGCGCCGAGACAAGAGAAUUCGGUACAACUGCGGCCCACCAUUACCCAACCAAGGCUUCUAGUAUGCCAAGGACAUCACCUGCUCCUACAUAUCCAACGACGUCGCCUUUCCCGAAAUUAACCACCGCCAGAAGUCACAUGACACCGACGCCGAAAACAGACGGCCACAGACGGCCCAAAGUGACGGCCACCCAGCGGCCAGCGGUAAGUCACGGCAAACCCACCGUGUCUUGGAGAGAAGAACUCAACGUGUUGAUCACCAGGAAAACGUCCUACACGCCAGCGGCUCCGCACCCCGUGACCCCAACGCGCCCCCCCAGGACAACCCAACAGGCGGGCCAUAAACACGGAGGCAAAAAGCACCCUAAAAAUAAAAGGGGCAAGAAGAAAAUAGUUAAGAAGCAAAAGACCAAGGUGGUGAAGAGAAUCAAACACGGGACGGUGCGCCUGGUCAACGAGGAGAACAAGCCCGACCGAGGCAGGAUCGAGAUCCACGUUAAUGGGGAAUGGGGGACCGUCUGCAACGACAGGUUUGACAGCCAAGCCGGGGCUGUGGUCUGCCAGCAGUUGGGUUACCCCGUUGUGUUGAGGGUAGCCAAGAGGGCCGAGUUCGGGCAAGGAAAAGGAAUUCGGAUUCUCCUGGAUGAGGUGCGCUGCGAAGGCUGGGAGAAAACCCUGCUGGAAUGCCGAAGGUCCAAGAUCGGAGAACACGACUGCACCCACGAGGAGGACGUGGGAGUCGUGUGCGGGACGGAGGAGCAGUACGAGGACGAGGAGCUUUCCUAAAUCCGGGGAGAGA